CGGUUUGGUACCGAGCGGAGAGGGAGAUGCACACGGCACUCGAGUGAGGAAACAGAGAUGAAGGUUCACGCGCACACGAAAUUUUGCCUCAUUUGUUUGCUGACGUUUAUCUUUCAUCAGUGCAAUCACUGCCGUGAGGAGGGACACAGCCACGGUCCUGAAGAGGAGCACGUGCACCGCCACAAUGACUAUCAGAUCUCGGAGGAAUCCUAUUUCCAGAACGGGGGAACAGAAUCUGUGCCGAGUAAAUUUUCAGCGUUGGACGCUGAAAACGAACAGAAAUACUACAUUGAAAAGAUUUUUGAUCGGUACGGCGAAAAUGGAAGACUCUCUUUUUUUGGUCUGGAAAAACUCUUACUAAGCCUUGGUUUAGGAGAGGUAAAAGUAGUGAUGAUAAAUCAUGAUGAUAUUGGCCAUGAUCAUGUUUCCCACUUAUAUGCUUUAGAAGUACAGGAAGGAAAGCAUGCGCACCCUCACAGCCAUCCUCAUUCUCAUAGCCACUCCGAUGCUGAAAACCAAACCAUGCCUGGCACGGCUGCCAAGCGAAACCAUAAAUGUGACCUUGAGAGAGAGACAGCUGUGUCGUCAGUCAAAGCUGAGGGUAAACAUAGUCAUGACCAGAGUCGCCGUCACCAUCAUCAUCAUCCUCAUCUACAUCAUCAUCUCAGCCGUAAUGGUACGUAUCAUUCUCAUAACGAUUCAGUUAGUCAUAGUGACCAUGGAGAACAGAACCAUGAACCUUCAACGGAAACAAACGCCACGCAGGAUCAGCCUGAAAGAAAACAGCGUAAACAGAAAAAGAGACGGAAGAAAAUCAGUGGGACUUCAGUAGAUACUGCACAGGAUUAUGCUCCAGAUCACGAUCAGGGUGAUCAGUAUGAGCACAAUCAUGUUCACAAACACGAUCAUGUACACGAUCCAUCUCACUUGCACGUGCACCUUCAUGAACAUGGCAGUGAUCAUUCCAGUAGUCACGGACACGCAGAUUCCAGUCUGGGUAACGAGGAUGGGCGUCACCACACGAGCAAGCGGGAGGCAACGCACAAGCAGAUCAGUGUCAGGAAACAUGCCAUCUUUUCAACGCGGGGUCACAAGGAUCAUAGCGAAGAGGAGCGUGACCGUGAGGAGUGCUUAAAUGUUACCCAGCUGCUACGGUAUUAUGGUCUGGAAACCAGCUCUCCGAUAUCUCCUGAGCUGUUUGUAUAUAUGUGUCCUGCUCUGCUCUACCAGAUUGAGAGGAGGCUUUGCAUUGUACACUAUGAUGAGCUUGAAGAUUUUAUGAAAAAUAAAAGUUCAUCAAUUGAAAGUAAAAACACAACAGGUGCAUCAGCCUGGUUUUGUGGUAUCAUCUCUAUCACCGUCAUUAGCCUGCUUUCCUUGCUAGGGGUGAUCUUGAUUCCCAUCAUUAACCAAUGGUGCUUCAAAUUUCUUCUAACUUUCUUGGUAGCUCUGGCUGUAGGAACAAUGAGCGGAGACGCACUGCUCCAUCUGUUACCACACUCCCAUGGAGGCCACAACCACAGCCACCACCAUGGACAAGGUCACGCUCACGAACACAGGCGCUCUCACCGACAUGCCCAUGGGCAUGGCACGGGGGCUGAGGGCUUCCUGGAAGAAAAUGACCCAGUGCUGAAAGGUCUCGUGGCACUCGGAGGCAUUUAUGUUUUGUUCAUCAUUGAGCAUUGUAUAAGAAUGUACAAGCAUUACAAUAAACAAAAGAGUAAACAGAAGUGGUGCAAGAAGAAACAGACUGAAGAAUCGCCAAUUGGAAGGAAACUUUCAGAUCACAAACUGAAUAACAGACCAGAUACUGACUGGCUGCAGCUCAAACCGCUCGCAGGAGCAGAUGACUCCGUGUUAUCUGAAGACCGACUUAACGAAACAGAACUGACUGAUUUGGAUGGGCAGCUGGAAUCUCCUCCCAAGAACUUCCUGUCUAUCGAGGAGGAGCACAAGGAGCAUUGCUCCCACAACGAUGUCUCGCGCACCGCUCCCGAGCACGAGCUCCGUGACGCGGAGUACGACGGCAACGGCCAAGAGAAGAUGAUGGCCAGAAAGCACAGCCACCACUGGCAUCCCAAACACGCCCAUCAUUCCCAUGGCCACUGCCAUUCUGGAAAAGACCUGAAAGAUACCGGCAUAGCUAAUAUUGCGUGGAUGGUAAUUAUGGGAGAUGGCAUCCACAACUUCAGUGAUGGCUUAGCCAUAGGAGCAGCUUUUAGUGCUGGGCUGACGGGAGGAAUUAGUACAUCUAUAGCAGUGUUUUGUCAUGAGCUUCCCCAUGAAUUAGGGGACUUUGCGGUGCUGCUCAAAGCAGGAAUGACGGUCAAGCAGGCCAUUGUGUACAACGUCCUGUCUGCCAUGAUGGCCUACAUCGGCAUGCUCAUAGGCACCGCCGUGGGGCAGUAUGCCAACAACAUCACCCUCUGGAUCUUUGCAAUCACUGCAGGCAUGUUCCUCUACGUGGCAUUGGUGGAUAUGCUGCCAGAAAUGCUUCAUGGCGACGGAGAUGAUGAAGAGCACGGGUACUGCCCCGUGGGGCAGUUCAUCCUGCAGAACCUCGGUCUGCUGCUUGGAUUCGCCAUCAUGCUGGUGAUUGCCCUCUACGAAGAUAAAAUUGUGCUUGACAUCCAGUUUUGACCGUCUCUGGUAAUCUCUGUGGUUACACUCAUGUCGCUGUGUGGCUUCGAGUCUGCACUGUUUUACUGUAUGCACAUUGCUCCCAGGAAAAGCAGUGGCUUGCACUACUCACACUGCUACAGUGUCUUCAUUUGGGUGUAGAUUAACUUCCGCUUUUUAACCAGUUAAAAUUGGAUAUGACCACCCAGUGCAUCCUCUAAACUCAAGGGACAGACGAUUAGGAAUACUGAAAAGGAGAAAACUGGUGCAGUGUGCUGUACAGGAAGCACUUUCUGCUUGCGUAAGAAAAUAAAAAUUGCAGUGAAGCAUCUACUCUUUGGGAAAACAACUUUUCAUACUACAUUUGAGCAGAACCCCAAAAAUCUCAAAGCUGAAGUUCAUACCUCAGAACCAGAGUAAGCUUCUAGUGCCAUAUAAGGCUUGAGUAGCACACUUGAAUAUUUUUAUAGAUAAAUAUAUAUUCUGCGCUGAUUCCUCUGCAUAGUAGCAACAAGUAUUGAAUCCUACAACAACAUGUGACUGGGAACCACUGUGAUGGUUUAAAUUAAAAAUAAAAUCCCAAAAGCUGUUCAAGUUUGUAACUCCGCAGUAAGCUGCACUCUGUCAUGACAAGCUGCAUGUGUAAGGAGGCAGCCUGUCGCGAUACGCGCUGCAGAGAGCUGUGCUCUGCUGAGGAUCAGUUUGACAGUGUUUUCCUGGCUCAGAUUUAUUUAACCUCCAUUCCUUGAUACUAGUCGGAACAUGCAAAAUGCAGUAGAUUUAGUGUUAGCCUGGGGAAAUCCCUGAUGUUAGAGUUAUUGAGGUAUUUCAGGUUCUUUUUUACAGAUGCUAAACAUGCAGUGUGCCACUUGCAGCCUAAACUACUGAAGAAUUGUCUGUGACUUUAUGCAAACUCUCUUUUAACAGAGAAUCCGUAUGGGAAUUUCUCACUUUGUUAACAGUUACUUUGAGAUGUUUUCUUCUUUUAUGUUAACGCAGUCCGAAGUGCAAGUUGCUCGUUACUGAACCUGGGCACAGAGGUUAAAUUAUGCUCUUGUGUGUGUCGCUCUGGUGGGUUAUUUGCGAUACUGUAAUAUCAGAUGACAUCUGUUCCUGCAAUGCCUUGGUAUCAGACAUUGCAGCACUGGCCAUUUCUGGCAAUAGACAGUAUGUAGGAAGAUUUCUACUCCCAGCGUGAAGCAGUUCAGCAGUUCGUUUCUCCUUUUGUUUUUUUAACACAAUUUUUGGUAUUUAAAUUAGAUUAUUAAAAAGCAGAUCUAAUAGAUCUAUGCUGUGUGUAAUUCAGAAGGGCAGAUGGGAAAUUUUGGCCUUAACUUGCUGGACUGGAACAUGCUGAGAUGCUCACGCUGCCAGACAAGAGUUAGUUUUUCUUGCACCCAUCUCCCGUAGAGAUCGCGAGUUUGCAAGGAGCACACGGUGAUGCUGUAGUACCAGUCCCAAACAUGGUAGCAGCCUUUUUUUAAAACAAAAACGGUUUGUCUUCUUUUAUGUGUGUGCCAGGUAAGCUGUAUUUGACUCCGUGCCAUUUAGUUUGAGUCCGCUUGGCGCCAGCAAAGCCGCUAACGACACGUCGAUGCUGACGCCUUCCCCGGGAGCCGCCUGGUCGCUUCAUUCCAUUUCAAGUUCAUGCGCGUUUCCUGUGGCCGUUUGCUUUUGGAAGCCUCCCUCGAUGAGUCAGUUUUUAUUAAGAGCAGCUCGUGUAUUUUAAAGGUAUCGGGUGGUUCUUGCCAGUAUUUCUUCCGACCGCAGUAGCACGGAACAGUAUUAAGGGUCCAUUUCAAAGGCGGCGGCGGCUUCUUCAGUGAAGAGGCCACAAGCCCAGGGUCCAGUUACGCAGUUGUCUGAUGCUCUGAACUUAGUGUGUGUGUGUGGAGGGGGCUGUUUUUUUGUUGUGGUUUGUUUUUUAAAGCAGGUUGGCUAUUGGGUUAUGAGUAGCAAAUCCACUGUUGCUGUUUCAGAGGAAUUCCUCCAGUGUGAACAUCCUGGGUGGCAUUUGUUCCUAGAGCCCAGGUUAGGUCCCUGAGUAACCACUUUCAGAGACUUAACGGGACACCUUCUGAGCUGAAACAGCCUAUGUUGCUUAUGUGUUAGUGCGACCUUUCAUUUUAAUGUCAUUAAUUCUGUCAUGGGUUGAAUUGAGUUUUUGUCAAAUCAUUUUUUUAAAAAGACUUGUUUUUUAAUUCUCUUCCCAUGAAGAUUUCACUGUUUCAGGUAGUAGGUUUCCUUUGGUGUUAGUUCAGAUGUAGUUAUAGCUCAAUACGCUGCCUCUGUAGAAAAUAGCCAACUUCCUUCCAAGACCAUCCUCAGGCAAGGGAAAAACAUGGUCAGGUAGGUACUGCAUUUUUCAUAUUAAAUAUGGGGUUUUCCCAUUUAUUUUCUAAUAUUUAUUACAGGCUAUGAAGAGCAGUGUAACAGCUGUGGCUUCUAGAAGUUUCCACCAGUAUUGAUUCCAAGUCCUUUUAAUAUACAAUUUUAGGUCAUGUUACAGACAAUCUGAAUUCCACUACAUUUCUACUUGGCUUCAACAUUCCAUUCCGCUUGAAUCCAGAGUCUCAUUUAACUUGUAUUUGUUGGAGGGCGUAAAU